GCAUGGCCCUUCAUUCCUUGGAAUUUCAAUAAAGUUGGAAGAAAGGCCGAAUUUUGGGCAAGGAGAUCCUAGAAUCUCCAAGGAAAUCUUGAUCAUACAUGCAUGCCAGCCGCUAUUUCCGUCUCUGGCUCUCCUCUUUUUCUCUCCCACCUCGUUGCAAACCCCAAUCUUGUUCCUCUCUCCUGUGACCAAAACAAAAAUUUGAUUCAUAGGAGGAAGGAUAGGCCCUGUUUUUUUUUUUUUCUUUCUUUUCGCUGCCCUUGAGGAGCCAUGGGAAAUACUGAAUCUUCAGCUUCUCCAACUCCAUGUGAGGGCACCGGCGAAGCUGCUGAAGAAAAUGAAGAAGUUAUCAUUGAGAUUGAACCCAAACUACUAUUCUGCACUUCCAUAUCCCUCUCUGCGGAAGAGAUGCAAUGCCUAAACCUGGAGGAGAAUCCUGUAGAUAAAGAUCCUAAUAGAGAAAUCAAUGAAGAGAUAAAUUCAAUUGUAGAAGAUGUCAACGAUCACAACAAGGCAACUUUAGCAACCAUUGGGGAGGAUGAUGAAUUAGAGUUUUGCGAGGAGGGGCAUACAGACAGGAUGUUGAGUGAAGCUAGCGGGAAACAGCCAGAGACUGAAAGAUCAGCUACUUCAAAGUUUGGAUUUUUCCAUACCGUGCUUACUAAUGCAGAUGGGAAAACUCAUGCCCAAUUGUAUGGGUUCUUUAGGAAACUGAAAAAAGGACCCGCGGGGAUGAACUUACCGGGAAUGAGCUUACAUACAUUCCAUCCUACUAUUCCCUCUCUAAACUCCAUAAGGAUAUUCUCCAAAAAAACUAGGAAACCUAUGCUGCCAUCUCAAAUGGAUCAUGUCGAUCUCGUUCCUCUGCCAUCUCAAAUCGAUGUCAAUCUCGUUCCUCAGUCAUCUCAAAUUGACGUCGAUCUGGAUGAUUCUCAACUUGACGUCAAUCUUGUUCCUCAUUUCCUCGGGACAUCCUGGAAGAAUUACUCCCUCUCCGAGCUCCAGAAAGCUACAGACAACUUUAACAGUGAGUAUAUCAUCGGGAAGGGAGGCUAUUCCGAAGUUUACAAGGGAAACUUGGAUGAUGGAGGGUUAGUGGCGAUUAAAAAGCUAACCAGGGGAAGCCCCGAGGAGAUGACAGCGGACUACUUAUCGGAGCUUGGAAUUUUGGUACAUGUCAGUCACCCCAACAUUGCUAGUGUUAUUGGCUACGGAGUCGAAGGGGGAAUGUUCCUUGUUCUGCCUUUGUCUCCUCAUGGGAGCUUAGCAACUCUUCUGAAUGGUGAGCAGAACCACAAACUAGAUUGGAGCAGUAGGUAUAAAAUCGCUUUAGGCACUGCUGCAGGCCUUGCAUAUCUUCACGAGGAGUGUCAACGCAGAAUUAUACAUCGAGAUAUCAAGGCUGCUAAUGUUUUGCUGUCACAAGAUUUCGAGGCUCAGAUAUCUGAUUUUGGGCUCGCAAAAUGGCUCCCCGAUAAGUGGAGUCACCUCACUGUAUCUCAGUUUGAAGGCACAUUCGGAUACCUCCCUCCAGAAUUCUUCAUGCAUGGAAUUGUUGAUGAAAAAACCGACGUCUAUGCCUUUGGAGUGUUGCUGUUGGAGAUUAUUACUGGACGCCCCGCUCUAGACGAAGCUAAUAACAGUGUUGUGAUGUGGGCUAAACCUUUGCUACUCACGAAAAGUUAUAAUGAAUUGGCCGAUCCAGUCCUGGGAGGUGACUAUGAUUUGGAGCAAAUGAAUCGUAUGGCGAUGGUAGCUUCGUUGUGCUUACAGCAGUCUGCCACGGACCGACCUUCAAUGAGCAAGGUUGAAAGAAUGCUGAGAGGUGAGGAGACCAUCAGAGUGGACAGCAAGAAGUUCCAAAACAGGCCUUCUACUCUAAGGGCAUUCCCACUAGAGCUGCUCGACGACGACUCCUUGUUCGACUCGCCAGUCGGGGGCGAUGAUGAUUCGCCCAAGAGCUCGAGCGACACCCCCAAGAGCUCCAACGCCACCACGCCCAAGAGCGCGAUUGACCCCAACGACGAGAUGAUCGAUCCCAACGAGAUAAUCCACGAGGUUACAUGGGAACAAUAGGGGCCACAUACAUGCAUUUUCUCAUCACCAUAUUUACUCACUCUUCUUGAUUCAGACCUGCAGGUCCAAAGUGCCAUUGUAGCUCUCUCUAGCAAAUUCACACCCACCCCCCCAUGGUGUCUUCUCAAUUCUCAUGUUAUGAUUCUUCUGCCUAAACUUGGAAGGAGGGAAUUUGAACCAUCCAAACAGGACAGGCGAUCAAA